UAAAAGGGCAAAUUAAAGCAUGGAUAAAAGUGGUCCAUAGAGAACAUCUAGAAAUUUGGUUCAGGAGAAGGCAAUUUGCCUAAUGAUUAUUACCUUCUGUUCUUCUUCUUCUUGUUGUUCUUCUCUGAUAUAAUAACUGGUGUGAUCUCCUUAACACCCAUCUCAAGAGAGAUGGGGAAGGUUGGCACAAGGUUGCCAAGUUUCUGCCUGAACAGGAUUAGGGCUCCUGUUAGAGUCCGUUCACCACCUAUACAAUCCAAGCCUAAUGUGAAUAUUUCAAAAAAUGAUCAGAAGACAACUAGUGAGAAUCCUGCUGGAGAAGAGAAGUCCAGUGAAGGAGCAGUAAAACCCUUGAUUGGUAGGAAAAUCAUGAUAGUGGUUGAUUCAAGCUUUGAAGCCAAGGGAGCUCUGCAAUGGGCACUUUCUCACACUGUUCAAAGCCAGGAUCUUCUCAUUCUUCUUCAUGUAGCCAAGCCAUCCAAUAAACAAGGCACAAGCGAAGAAUCCAUCAAGGGAAGAGCUUCAAGGGCUUAUGAACUUGUAAACUCCUUGAAGAAUAUGUGCCAAUUGAAGAGACCUGAGAUACAAACUGAGAUUGCAGUGGUGGAGGGAAAGGAGAAAGGUCCACUAAUAGUGGACGAGGCAAAAAAGCAAGGGGUGGCGCUUCUGGUUCUAGGGCAGAAGAAGAGAUCAAUGACAUGGAGAUUGAUCAUGAUGUGGGCAAGCAAUAGAGUCACAGCAGGUGGUGUGGUUGAAUACUGCAUCCAAAAUGCUAAUUGCAUGGCCAUUGCAGUAAGGAGGAAAAGCAAGAAACAUGGAGGUUAUUUGAUCACCACCAAGCGUCACAAAGAUUUCUGGCUCUUAGCUUAAACACCCAUUAAUUAUUUAUUAAUUAAUUUGAUGUCUUAAUUAUUCCCUCUCUUUUUCUUUAUUUAUAUAUAUUUUUUUCUUUAAUUUUCCAGGUUUGGAUGUCCCAUGAUUGCUUUUGUAAAUGAUAAAGUGUAGUGAGAAAUGAAAAGGGAAUUGGGUUGUGAA